GGGGGAAAAAUGCAAUCAAUGCCCAGAUUUUGUCUGUUGUUCCAUCGUUCAUCACCUUGGUUGUCUUUGUCCGGGUGUGCCUGUCGGUGCCAUCAAAAUUUGAUCUUUCUGGGGCAGGUUGUAUGCUAGGAGAGCAAGUCUGGUGAUUUUCUGGAGGUGUCUUGGGGUAGAAUCAUAGUUUCUGGGAUUAUUGGGAUUUUCUUUUUAAUCAGCUCAAUUAACUUUCACUCGGACGAAAUUUAUCAUCUAAAAAUUUCUGUUCUUUGGUUUCUCAAGGAAGGGAAAAGGAUUUAUUGGGAAAUUGCCAUAUAAUUUUCUAAACUAUUUUAGUAAAGCUCCUAUUUUGUCAAUUUGUGAUUUUUUUUUAUUGUUUCUGUGUUACAAAAUGAUAAUUGAUUUCGAUUGCUUUGAUGAUUCUGUCAGGAGCUAUGCUUUCGAUUAUGGUUUACCGUUUUAAAUUGUUGACCUCUAGCUUUUUCUUUGGUUUUUAAACCAGCAAAAUCCCAUCUGUGAUUGCAGAGUUGAUAUCUCUGAUUGCAAAGUAUCUGGCUACGUGUAUCAUCCGUUAAGGCCAUCCCAACUAGCUAACUGGAAUUUACAGGAGCAGAAUCGGUUGAGACCGUACGGCUUUUGAAGUAUCUCUGAUGUGCUUAGGCACUUGGUUUUAGAGGUUUCAGCUAAAAAGAGAUUUCCUGACUUGUGCCAGCUUUGAACUGAUGCCUGUUUCUGGAAAAGAAGAGCCUCGGGUCCUUUCCCGGAAGUCUGCUACUGAUAUUUCUGCAGGUAUCCCUCUGAAGAAAAGGAGGUUCUUGUUGUCCCCGCCGUCCUCUCCUCCUCGUGAAGAAGUAGUACCCGAGGUAAAUGAUUUGAAGAAACAUGAAGAAUCUACCCCAGACACAACGAACAAAGAAAAUUUUGUAACAGAUUCUACAGAGAAUCAAGAAUCUUCUUUAGAAUUGAAGAAGAAAGAAGCAUCUAGUGCAGAUGUGAAGUAUGGAGAAGAAUCUGGUUUAGAGCAGGCGAGCAAAGAAGAUUCUGGCUCAGAAUUGGGGAGCAAACAAGAAUUUGGUUCAGGUUUACAGGACAGUAUUACAUCUAGGCCUGGUUUGAAAAACAAUCAAAUAUCUUCCUCAAAUCCAGGACCUUCUAGUAUAAAUGUCGCUAUCAGAUCUCCCGAAAAAUCGGAUGCUAGUAAGAUUAAUCUCCUUGAGGUUAAGAAAGAAUGUGUUUCUGCACCAAACGCCAACUUGGAUCAUUUGGACACAGACGUUUCUGGAGUCAAACUUCCGGAGUUAAGCCCUAUGUUUAAUUUGGGUUCUGCAAACAGGGUCGAGAGCAACACGGAUCUUCUUUUGACUGGAAAACUAGCAAGCUCAGGAGUUCCAGGAACCCCUCUGGGUGCUGCUUUGGUGAGUGUAAAGAAAGAGAUACACAGCAAACUGGUGGAGGAUGAUGUUAAGCUCAAACUUGCUACGGGUUUGGGGAAUAAUGGUAAAUUGGCAUUGGGACCAAAGGAAUUUUUUGGUUUGAAUGUAGAUCCUUCUCUGUUGUCCUUGUCUCUAAGCAAAGAAAAACAUGUUACAGAAGAGAAGAGUGGAGAUACUAGCUCAAAGGAUGAUAGCAAAUCGGAAUGUGCUAAUCGAUCAAAUUGGGAUUUGAAUACCACUAUGGAUGCUUGGGAGGGAUCUAUUGGUGAUACUACUUUCCAAGGUACUAUUGGUGGCUCAGGUAAGACAAUCAGCUUGAAUGAUCGAAGACUAUUAAGCUCUAAUUCCGUUGUCAACGUUAGCAGCGUGAAGGAGAAACAGGUUAAUGCAACAAGGGAGCCACGUUCCAGUUUUCCAAAUUCUUCUGUACAGUUGAUUAAACCUUCUGAGGACUCACUCCGUCUGACUCUUAGUUCCUCUUUUGGGAAUGUGGAUUUUGUCCGAGAGCGCACUCGUUUAUCAGCUGAAGUAGCUCCUAGGAUGGAUAUUUCCACAAAUCGGCAUAGUGGAUUGCUCUCAACUGAAGACAAGAAAUCUCCUGGUGUCAGCUUAGUCAAAUUAGAACCUAGUGAUGAGAAUUCCAAAAAUAGUUCUGUGGGAACCAUCAAGAGAUCUGCUGAAUUGUCGGAUUUCAAUGCUGUGAAAAGGGAACCUAUUGAGAAGCACAAUGCUGAAGCUGUUAAAUUGCUAGCUAGCAGCCCCCAGGACACAACUGGACAAAGGUCUAUUAAAUCUGAACCUACUAAUGAAGUUAGUCAGGAACUCUGCAGGACAUCGGAUUUGAGACAGCAACAAUCAAUUCCAAUGUUUGUCCACUCUCAGGAGAGUUUUUCUUCUUCUUCUGUUUUACCAACACCUUUGACGCCCCAAAAGCCUUCUCCUUCAAGAAUACCUACUUCUUCUGAUUUAUCUACAAGUGCAGAUGUAUCAAAUCAAUCUGAACGUUCCACUCAUACCAAAGAACCUCAUAUGGGUAGUGAUGGCUUUCUUCAAGCUCCUGCAGAUAUGAAUCCUAAGACUGCGCAUCACAGGGUUAGAGAAGAAAAUAUGGCUGCUCAUAAGAUGGAUAAUAAUGAGGCAGAGGACAUGAAUGUUGAUCAUCCUGAGCUGAAAAGGACAAAGGAACAUGUGCAUGAUUUACGUGCACAUGGUGAGGGAUCCGUGAGUGAUGAGGAGAAGAUAAAUAUAUCAGCUGAAACAAUGGAAGAUGAAUCUUAUGGUUCUGAAUGUGAAUCAGAUGGUAAGCAAGUUGUGGUAAGCAAGUUUUUGCAUGGUAGAGUUGGGAGAGAUGAUGAUGAUUAUGAAGAUGGUGAAGUUCGGGACCCCUUGGAGAAUUCAAAAAUAGAGGAGCUUACUGCAGAUGGAAGUGCAGAUAGUGCUAAGCAUGGUGAUUGUGAUAAUAAACAUUGUCCUUCUGGAUUUCCAGGUGGUGAUACUUACACCGACCAAUCCUGUCUUGUGCAUAAAGAAAACGACUUGAAAAUUCAUGACAAUACAGCUGUUGAUUGCAUCAAGGAGAGUGUUGGCACAGUUUCUAACAAGAAUUGUGAACAGCUUAUGGCUAAAGAUGGUCAUUCAGAUAAACUUCCAUUGGAUGGAAUGGCUACAACUGAUGCAGAAGAGGAGCCAUGUAGUUCCUCCCAAAGGAAAUUACUUGAGCCAACAGGUAAGAAAUCUUCCCAAGAGAGUAUUGAAAAAGAUAUGUCCUGUGAUGGAACAACUAGUUCAGGCAUUAGGACAGUACCAGCAGCAGGUGAGCCCAAAGGUCAAAUUGCUAAAGCAGUUAACACGGAUGAGAAGCCUGAUUCAUCUCUUUCAAAGGUAGAAGAUUCUUUAAAUGGUAAUAGUGCUGCUAAAAAUUCAACGAGUGGAGGUAACAAGAGCCGCAUUAUCAAUUUACCUCGUGCUUCUGCAAUAUCUCCUUCUAAAACAAGGUCAAUUCCGGAUAGAUUACUGUCAUCAAGAAAUGGAAGAGGAAGGUACUCAGAUCUUGAUGGGGAGAAAUUUAUUCCACGAGGAAAGAGAGAUGAAAUUGACGCUGAUAAUCCCCAUAGAUUCCUUAGAGAAAGGAUUCAAGAUCAGUCUUUUAGAAACUCCAGAUCGAAUUAUACAAGGGGAAGAGGGAAGUUUUCUGGUCGCUUAGAUACUUCACGAGGCGAGUGGGGUUCUAACCGUGACUUCGCUUUUGGAAGUUACAAUGAUGACUAUCGGUUUACCAGGAACAAACAUGCUGCUGCCAUUGCUGAUACUGAGCUUGAAUGUAAUGACUUUGUUAUUCCACCCGAUGGUGCUUCUUUGAGUAUCGGUAGAGGAAGGAAAUCUUUGAAUGACGAUUUGCCUUCAUUUCGACGUCCAUCCUCAAGGAGGUUGUCUCCUGGAGGUAGAGAUGGUCCUGGCAGCAGGGAAAUCCAAAUGGUUCACAGAAUUCCAAGAAAUAUUAGCCCUGGUAGACUUAAUGAUGAUAAUGGGGUUGACUUGGUUGGACUUCGUCAAGAUGGAAAAUAUGCGAGGGAUUUACCAGAUGGUAUUAUAGAACCUGCAUAUACUCGUCCGAACUCAAUGUAUGAAGGUGGGAAUACUCAAUUUGUCCGAGGGAACAGGAACUUCUCUACAUUCCAGAGGAGGGGAUUUCCUCAAGUUCGGUCAAAAUCUCCAGUUGGAUCACGAACACGCUCCCCUGGUCCAUGGACUUCCCCUAGAAGGAGAUCUCCUGCUGGAUUUGGUGGACUUCAACAAUUGGCUCAGCAUAGAUCACCAGCUAUGUAUAGGGUGGAAAGGAUGAGAUCUCCGGAUCGUUCUUGUUUUCCUGAAGAUAUGGUUGCUAGAAGGCGUGGAUCUCCCUCCUUCUUGGCUCGGCCUUCUGAUGACGUUAGGGAUGUAGACUCUGCAAGGGAGCAUGGUCAUCCAAGGCCUAUAAACUCCAGUAGGAGGAGCCCAUCUGAUCGGGUUUUCAGCAGAAGCACUAGGAGAGUUGAUGUUUUGGAACCUCGAAUUAGGACAAGUGGUGAUGAGUAUUUUGGGAGGCCAGUACCUUCUGGCAGAUUUCAGGAAUUUCAUGGUGAAGGAAGUAGUGAGGAGAGAAGAAAGUGUGGUGAAAGCCGGGGAUUGAUUCGUUCUUUUAGACCUCCAUACAUUAGUGACAGUGAUAAUCUUCGGUUCCAACUGGACGAUGGUCCCAGGCCUUUCAGAUUUUGUUCUGAAGGUGAUGCAGAUUUUGUUGGAAGGGGCAUCAGAGAAAGGGAGUUUGAUGGGCGGAUGAAGGGUCGACCUGUUGCUGCUCCUAGACGAAUUCGAACUAUCGAGGAUCAAGAAGGAAAUUACAGGGACAGUGGGCAGGUAUGGCAUGAUGAUGGGUUCAAUGAAGGGUCCGGAUAUAAAAGGAGGAGAUUUUGACACAGUUCUUCAAUGUACUGGAAACAGGCAUCUUCAUGGCUGAAUUCCUGCUACUUAGGGCAGGCAUGAAAACCAUGGUGCGUAAUGGACUUUGGGGAUUCGCAAGAAUGCUUGACAUGAAAAUUUGAUUGCAUGAACUCCUAUGCUUUAUCACUGGGCAGGGACUUGGAUUGUUUACCAGCAUUACAUUAGUUGAAUUGCUAGAUUGAGAUGUUUAAAGUUCAUGCUGAUGAAUGCGACCAGCGGAAGGCACUUUUGUCAACUAUGAUAUAUGUGUCAAGGUUAUAACUAGAGCUGUGUGUUUCUCUGCAGAGAUUGACAUUUCAUGUCCUGACAUGAAAUGGAUACAAACGGAAUCGUUGAAUGCUUAUCAUGUUGAUGGUGAUGCAGGAUGGUAUAAGAUGAUAUUGAAUCUUUUAUACUGUCUCUAUAGCUAUUUUAAGCAUUUGUGUUCAUCAAAGUCUAUGGCUCAUUUUUUCUGUCAAGGGGAAGAGAGCAGAUGGAGAACACUAAAUGCCGGAUUUAGGUACUGCUAUGGAUGUAUAGUUGCUAUUUAGGUUUUACUUUGCAGGCCCUUCGACAUAGAAUUUCACUGUUACAGAGUGGAGUACUCUACAAGCUUGAACGAUUUCGGGCAAAAUGCUAGCUGGUUGCUAUUAAAACCGGAUACGUAAAUAUGUCGAACAACCAUUUCCCUCAGCUUUUUAUGCAAAAUAUCAUCUAAGUUAUUGGUGGAUGGUAGAAUUGCCUAUGGUUUCAGGUCAAGGAAUGUGUCAGCUGAAAUUUUCAGCCCUUGUAACUAGUUUUACUGAGGCCGAAGCGUUCUCUCAGCCUUACAGAAGGUAGGUAAAUUUCUGGUGCUUGGGUGGGGCGAGACAAGGCUCAAGGACUUUGGUCUUUUUGUCUUGUGAUGCUUUCCGUGCGCAUUUAAUUUUUGAUCCGGGUUCUUGCCAUUUCACUUGGACUUUUCUCUCAAGGCAACACAACGUUGUGUUCAUAUCUUGGGAUUUGCCACGGGAGACAGCUAAGGUUUGCUAUGGCAACGAGCUGGAUUUCCCAGCAAAAGGUGUUGACGCCUCUAAGUUGCACUAGUAACGUGUUUGAAUUCUCAAAUUCCAUGACGGAAGGUUAGAUAGAGAGUAAUAAGAUGGGGACUCAAUGAGAGAGCAUAA